CCAAACCAAAGCCAACCUCCCCUCCACGCCCACCCUACCCUCGACAAAACCAUUGUAAUCGCUUACUCUUCUUCCUCUCCUUUUUAGUCUUUUCUUAUUCCGAUUUUGCCCUUCGCAACAGUCUCUCUUUCUCUCUCAAUUCUAUACACAGAGGCCUAUCGAUCUCCUCUGUCUAUGUUGUAAGUUAUUUCACAAUUCGAAGACGUUUUCAAUAAUCGAAUUGAUUAAAUAUGGUCUUCGAUCUUCGAAUCUGAAAUUUUAUCGGACAAUUUUCGUUUUUCUCGCCGAUUAUCGAAGAGAAUGCCGGAAAUUAUUGGAGCAUGAGAUUUUCUUGGGAAAAUUAUGAGGUCGUCGUUCUUGCCGGACAAUUUGAAUGAUCCAACAACGUCAAGUUCUCAGCCACGGCCGCGUCUUCCUCAAGCUGUUCCAAAUCUCCGCAAUUCCAAACACAGCUGUAGUAAUGUAUUUCAACUUUUAGCACGGAGGGAGGUAUCUCCCCGAACCAAACAUUCUUCCAAAAAGUUAUGGGGAGAGGCUUCUAUAGGCCAUAUUGAUUCAUUGGGGCUGAAAUGCGAAGCAGCAAGAGAUGCAAGACAAGGACUUCUUUCAUGGGUAGAGGCGGAAUCACUGCAGAAUUUAUCAGCCAGAUAUUGUCCACUGCUGCCUCCUCCUAGGUCAACGAUUGCGGCGGCCUUCAGCCCUGAUGGAAAAACGCUUGCUUCCACACAUGGAGACCAUACUGUAAAGAUAAUUGAUUGCCAAACUGGGAGGUGUUUAAAAGUGUUGAGCGGUCAUCGGAGGACACCUUGGGUGGUUAGAUUCCACCCAUUGUGUCCUGACAUUCUUGCAAGUGGAAGUUUGGAUCAUGAAGUUCGCCUGUGGGAUGCAAACACUGCUGAGUGUAUAGGAUCGCGUGAUUUUUACCGUCCUAUUGCUUCUAUUGCUUUCCAUGCCCAAGGGGAACUUUUGGCUGUUGCUUCAGGCCACAAGCUCUAUAUAUGGCACUACAACAGAAGAGGGGAGACAUCCUCACCAACCAUCAUACUUAAAACACGCCGUUCACUUCGGGCUGUACAUUUUCAUCCACAUGCUGCCCCAUUUCUUCUAACUGCGGAGGUCAAUGACCUAGAGUCAUCAGAUUCUCCAAUGACACUCGCAACUUCCCCGGGUUACUUUAGCUACCCUCCUCCUACUGUAUAUUUGGCAGAUGCUCAAUCUAAUUAUGGAUCUAAUUCAGCAAAUGAAUUACCACUCAUGUCUCUACCGUUCUUGAUGUGGCCUUCAAUGGGUAGAGGUAAUGAGAGAAUACCGUUGCAGCAAACUGAUAUGGAUGUCAGUUUGACUGCCGACCAUAGAAUGGAACCUACUGCCUCAGUGCGGCUUCUCACAUAUUCAACUCCCUCAGGCCAGUAUGAACUUUUGUUGUCUCCUAUUGAACCUAGUAGCUCUCCUGUACCUGAAGACUCUGUUCCUCAACCUGUUGUGGAUGCUAUGGAGACUGAUGUGCAGCCUGAAGAAAGAAGUAAUCAAUUCUUUCCUUACGGUGAUCCAGGAUAUUGGGAAUUACCAUUCCUGCAAGGUUGGUUGAUUGGACAAAGCCAAGCUGUCCAACGCGUAAUGCCUCCACUCAAUGUUGGUGCCCCUGAAAACUUACCGACAUAUAGUGAAACAGAUAACCCUGCCCCGGAGGUUCAAAGUAGUGGUCAAUCCAGAGGUACUGGAAGACCUGGUUCACGGCACCGUUCUUCACGCUCUCGCAUGAUGUCCCCUUCUGUAGCUGCUGCUACUGCUACUUUAAAUAGUAUUGCACGUGAUCAGAGGGAUGCUCAGCCUUAUGUUAGCCGGAUCCAGUCUGAGCUAGCCGCAUCGCUGGCUGCAGCAGCUGCUGCUGAGUUACCUUGCACUGUGAAGCUUAGAAUAUGGCCACAUGAUGUCAAAGAUCCUCGUGCAUUUCUUGAUGCUGAAAGAUGUCGCUUAACUAUACCACAUGCUGUACUCUGUAGUGAAAUGGGUGCCCAUUUUUCAUCUUGUGGGAGAUUUUUGGCAGCCUGUGUUGCAUGUUUUCUACCGAACAUGGAAGCUGAUCCUGGUUUCCAUGGCCAGAUGCCCACAGGGGCUGCAACAUCUCCAACAAGGCAUCCAAUCGCAGCACAGCAAGUCAUGUAUGAGCUGCGAAUAUAUUCUCUUGAGGAGGCAACAUUUGGUUUGGUUCUUGCGUCACGGGCAAUCAGAGCUGCUCAUUGUUUAACUUCAAUCCAGUUCUCUCCUACAUCUGAGCAUUUGUUACUUGCCUAUGGUCGUCGUCAUAGUUCACUUCUCAAGAGUGUUGUGAUUGAUGGAGAAACAACAGUACCCAUUUACACCAUUCUGGAGGUCUAUAGAGUUUCUGAUAUGGAACUUGUGAGAGUUCUUCCUAGUGCAGACGAUGAGGUCAAUGUAGCUUGUUUUCAUCCCUCAGUUGGUGGUGGCCUUGUCUAUGGAACUAAGGAAGGGAAGCUGAGAAUCCUACAAUAUGACGUUUCCCAUGGGUCAAAUCUUAUGGCAUCCUGUUCUCCCAAUGAAAACAUGCUUGAGUUCUCUCCUACAUCUGAGCAUUUGUUACUUGCCUAUGGUCGUCGUCAUAGUUCACUUCUCAAGAGUGUUGUGAUUGAUGGAGAAACAACAGUACCCAUUUACACCAUUCUGGAGGUCUAUAGAGUUUCUGAUAUGGAACUUGUGAGAGUUCUUCCUAGUGCAGACGAUGAGGUCAAUGUAGCUUGUUUUCAUCCCUCAGUUGGUGGUGGCCUUGUCUAUGGAACUAAGGAAGGGAAGCUGAGAAUCCUACAAUAUGACGUUUCCCAUGGGUCAAAUCUUAUGGCAUCCUGUUCUCCCAAUGAAAACAUGCUUGAGGUAUUACAAAUGCCAAAUUUACGGUUUGAUUUACCACCUUUCCUUUAAUUAAGUUGUGCACUGUUAUAUAUUUUGGUGGAUGACCCAAUUCCAAGUUUUCCCUCAUAAGUUGGGUGUGAUGCCAUGAACACAUUACUGUGUAGCAUUCUAACUACAUUCAAUCAAUCAAAACUCAGAUUUAUAGAAUAGGCUUUGCUUUGGCCUUCGAAGACUGUGGGAGCUUAGGUUGCUAUAUGAGAUCCUGUAUUCAAAAGAAAUAGAUCGACAGAUUUGGUAGAAGAUAUCAAACCUAAAGUUGUGAAUCAUACACUAUGAAUUCCAGGCUUGAAAUACAAAAACAUAUGAU